AUGAAGCUGCUUCAAUUCCUGCCUUUUGUUCCCUUCGUCUGCUCUUAUAAAGACAACCACACAACUGGAGCUGUGAAAGUCAUUAUUGACACAGACUUCAAUACCAUCGGGGAUGACGGUCAGGUCCUUGCCAUGGCUGCCCAAAUGCACGCCAGCCAGGACAUAGACUUGUUGGGGCUUACCAUCGUCACGGGCAACCAGUGGCUGCACCAAGAAGUAUCGGACUGUCUCAGGGCCGUGGAGCGCGUUGGGCUCGAGAAACAAGUUGGCGUCUAUGUUGGCGCGGAAACACCACUACUGCAUGACUUCUCAUCGUUCCAGCUGGAGCAAAUUCUAUUUGGCAAUGCGACCGCAUAUAUCGGUGCAUAUCUAUCGGAACCCAAGCCGCUCGUUCCACCUCCAGACGGCUUCGCGAAGAACACAGUUCCGCGGAAGCAGCAUGCCGUCGACUUCAUUAUCGAGAGUGUCCACCGCUAUCCAGGCGAGGUUACGCUGCUCGCCAUUGGACCGCUGACAAAUAUCGCGCUCGCGAUACGCAAGGAUCCCACCAUCGUGCCCCUCAUUAAGCAAAUCGUCAUCAUGGGCGGGCAAAUCUACGCUCCAGGAAACGCGUACAUCGGCGCCGGUGAGACUAAUUGGUGGUUUGACCCUGAAGCAGCCCGUAUUGUGCUACGGGCCAAUGUUACUCGCAAGAUCGUGCCUCUCGAUGUCACAAACACAGUUGUUAUGACAGAAGAGUUGUACGACACAAUUGCAGACUACGAGCCCGCAACUCCUAUCACUACGCUAUUUGCCGGAAUUGAGCGUUGGAGUUAUGUGUACGAUACUGUUGCACUGGCUUCAUUAUAUGAUCAAAGUUUAGACCUCGAUGUGCGAGACUUGUACGUCGAUGUGAACUGUGACUUCAACGCAUCCUAUGGCAAAUCGCUUGUGUGGAACGUCAACCCCUAUCCCGAGAUCGACGUCUACUCGCCUUCUUCUGUUGUCUUUAGGGUUGAUAAUGAUCGUUUCUUUGACUUGUAUGUUGACUUGCUUACACGGCCAGUACCGGUUGUCCUACGCACAAGUGCGCGUGAUGCCAGUUAG